AUGGCUAAGAGAGAGGAGAAGGAAAACACCAUGAUUCCACGUCCACAAUUCAUGUCGUCGGAGCCAAGAAUGUCGUCGACGACGGAACCCUUAACGGACGACGAAUACACCAUGAGAAGCAGCAGCGCCGCAUCCCCUAUGAGCCCGUAUUACUACGUCGAGACAAGCAGGUUAAGCGGGGAAGGUUCACCAAUGAUGAUGUCACCAUGGAACCAAACCACCAACUCACCCUUCGCAAAGCCACAGUGGUCUCAACACGAAGAAACAGCUCGACAGAAUGCCCUAAUCGGUUCUCUUGUUCGUGAAGAGGGACAUAUCUAUUCCCUAGCCGCAAGCGGUGACUUAUUGUACACUGGAUCCGACAGCAAGAACAUUCGUGUCUGGAAGAACCUCAAAGAGUAUUGUGGAUUCAAAUCAAACAGUGGUUUGGUCAAAGCCAUUAUAAUCUCUGGUCAGAAAAUCUUCACCGGUCAUCAGGACGGUAAAAUCAGAGUGUGGAAGGUAUCUCCCAAGAACCCUAGCGUUCACAAACGCGCUGGAACAUUACCAACCUUAAAAGACAUCUUCAAGAGUUCAAUCAAACCCAGAAACUACGUUGAGGUUCGGAAAAACCGCACGGCUCUGUGGAUCAAACAUUCCGACGCCGUUUCGUGUCUCAGCCUCUCAAACGACAAAACGUAUCUGUACUCUGCUUCGUGGGACAGGACAAUAAAAAUAUGGAGGAUCUCCGAUUCGAAAUGCUUGGAAUCAAUCGCCGCACACACCGACGCCGUGAACUCCGUCGUGUGCGGCGACGAGGGGUUGGUUUUCUCCGGGUCGGCGGACGGGACGGUGAAGGUGUGGAGGAGGGAGGCGCGUGGGAAGGGGGCGAAGCACGAGGCGGUGAAGACGUUGCUGAAACAGGAAUGCGCGGUGACGGCGCUUGCGGUGAACGCGCCGGGUUCGAUUGUGUAUUGCGGUGACUCUGAUGGGUUGGUUAAUUUCUGGGAACGUGAGAAGCAGUUCGCGCAUGGUGGGGUCCUUAGGGGUCACAAGCUUGCGGUUCUGUGUCUCGCUGCUGCGGGUAACUUGGUUUUUAGUGGUUCGGCUGAUAAGACCAUAUGCGUGUGGAAAAGGGAUGGGGUUAUCCACACGUGCGUGUCGAUGCUGACGGGGCACGAAGGUCCGGUGAAGUGUCUGGCGGUUGAGGAGGAUAGGGACACGGCGGCGAGGGGUGAUAAACGGUGGAUUUUGUAUAGUGGCAGUUUGGAUAAAUCGGUUAAGGUGUGGAGCGUUUCUGAGAUGGAUCAGGUACAGCACCGCCGCACGCCUUCUGAUGCGGACUCCUUACCUUCGGAAUCUGAUGGGAGCUUCUCUUCGGGCCGGGCCAGCCGCAACAGGAGGAACUGA